GCCCGGGUUACGGAAGCCGGGCAGGGCUGAGCGCCAGGGCCCCCCCCGAGGAAGUUACCCUCGGAAACGCGGAGAGCGGCGGCGAAGAGCGGAAUCCCCGGCCCCAUGGCGACGGAGGCAGCCGGCGGCAGCGAUGGGAACGGGCAGGGGGGCGAGGCCGCCGUCACCUACUACCGAUUGGAGGAGGUGGCGAGGCGCAACUCCCUGAAGGAGAUCUGGCUGGUGAUCCACGGGCGAGUCUACGAUGUCACCGAUUUCCUUAAAGAGCAUCCUGGAGGAGAAGAGGUCCUGCUGGAACAAGCUGGUGCAGAUGCGAGUGAAAGCUUUGAAGAUGUAGGCCACUCCUCUGAUGCCAGAGAAAUGCUAAAGCAGUACUAUAUUGGUGAUGUGCAUCCGGAUGACCUUAAACCUGAAAGUGGUAGCAAGGACCCUUCGAAAGAUGCCACGUGCAAAAGUUGCUGGUCGUAUUGGAUUUUGCCCAUCAUAGGCGCCAUUGUCUUAGGUUUCCUGUACCGUUACUACACGUCGGAAAGCAAAUCAUCCUGAGGAGACUGUGUGGAAGUUGGAAAGCAUAUCCAUUGGGAGUGUGAGCUAGAGACUUGUUUGGAGGCCGAGCGAUGCCCUCUUCUUGAAUCCUGCCGAGUAUGUGCUUCCCCUUUGGAGCCCAAAUGGUUGGCCGGACAUCCACCCCAGACCUGGGGCCAGAGCCCUUCACUUCCCAGAGCCUUAUUCCCAAAGCACCUGCUCAUUGUUCUGUGUCCCUGCCAGUGGCCCCUCUCUCUGCUGGCUUCCACCAGCCCCUUUGCGUUUCCCAACUUUGUUUUAUAAUUACAAUCCCAGAUGUCCUAGUGACAUUGCCCUUUGGUAAAAAUGCCUGCUUUUCAAUUCUUUGAAUGCACAUUCGACAUUCUUAACAGGGCAACACACUCUGGUUUUGAAGCUUUCCUUUUUUCAUUUUCCUUUGAAGUAAAUAUAUAUAUGUAUAUAUACAUUUAGUUCUGACUUAAUUCUAUUAUUUAUCAUAAGGGUCUUAAUUAAUGAAGUAAAAUUGCACACCUAUGACUUAAAACACAACUGCCAAAUGAUCUUGUUCCUUGUUUAUGUUUGUUAGAACUAGGAAGGGCCAUGAACUUCUGUCCUCCCUGCUAAUAAGUUCAUGGAGCAGAUAGCCCUUGUCAUCGCCCAAGUCCGCCAAGUGGUGCUGGACAGAACCAUGCUUCCCUUGUAUUUCUUGGGAGUAGAGAGAGAGAGAGAAGGAGGGGGAGAGAGAUGAAUUGGGGUGAUAGGGUGAACUCCUAGUCCUCUUUCUUUUGCAAAAUAUUGAAGACACUACUUUAGGACGGGAGUUUAGGAAGAGCACCAAAGACUUCAUUCUUUUUCUUUUUUUUUUCUCUCUUUCCUUUCCUGAAGAUGUCAUGCUCUGCUUUGGUGUGGCACCACUUUCUAGCCAUCUUCUUUCUAUUCCCUCCAAUUGUCUUUCAUUGGUGAGGGACAAAUUUAUAAUUCUAUCUGUAGAACUUUACCAGGGGUUUUUCCUGCUUUUUUAUUUAUUGCUUAGUGAAUUUUUUCUUGCUUAUAAAAGCAAGAGAGCCCAGCUUGAUCAAAGACACAGUAUUUGAUCUUCUGUUAGCCCCAGUAAAAUAACUUCCAUAGUCAAGUGGCAUUCAAAAGGGGGAGAGCAUGACAACAGAAUGUUUUCUAUUUCAUCCGUAUUUUACCUCCAUGGUUCUAAUUUGUGGUUUUGCUGUUUUUCCAUUGGUGGGGGUGGGAACCCAAAACCAACUAGUAGUUUUGUUCCUUGGAUAAAUGUUUAAUUGAAGAGUAGGUCAUUAUUUAGAAUUAUGUUAGUGUUUCUUCUUAGUUCAGGAAUUUCUCUGGCUUGACUUCACCUCUUUUUCUCUGUGGAAGCACCUGAGGAGACAGCAUAUGGGCUGUUUUUUGCCAACACAACUGUGGUGAUUUUUCUCCCCAUCUUUUAAGGAAUCCCAGUUUGCUUCUGAGCCAUUGUUCUAUGCAGCAAGGAGCAGUUUGGUUCUAGAAGGUCCAUGGGCACUGCUCAGUAUCUCCUCUCUGCAGCAGCCCUCCCCCCGCCAGCUUGCCAUGGCGUUGACAAGACAGGAAAGUGCCCUGCAAAGCAGCAUCCGCCCAUGGAAACUGUUUUUAAAAAGGUUCAGCACAGGUCCUGGAGUAGAGUGAAUUCAGAAUUCAUCAAAAUAAUAUUAACCUUAUAUUUGAACACUCGGACAUGAUAUUAUGGAGAAAUUGUAGGGGAUUUUUUGGCAGACUUUUAUAGAUCAGGGAUAUGGGAAUAGUCAAACUUUUAUCUUUAGAAAAUAUUUUGUAUCAGAUGCCACUUUUAGACAAUUUAUUGAAAAAAAACUUUGGUUAUUAUGUAAGAAAAGUGGUGUAACUAUGAUGCUCCUCCCACUUGAAGACAUAAGGAAGGGUUGCUUUGAAUAAGAAUUGGGAUAUAAUUGCUAUAAUAAUUAAGCUGCAUGAUUACAUGGGCCACAUUGGGGUAGAAAUGAAGAACAAAGGAGUAUUGAGGACCUGGAAGGGGAACAUUCAGGCUGAAACUAAGCCAGCAGAUAACUUGGAUCAAUUAAAAGUAUGUUGCAGUCUCCAAAAUUAAAUGAAAAACAUCUGGCUUAUAAGAAAUGUUAAAGAGUGAUAGUCUUAAGUAAAAUUGGUGGUUUUUUUAAAAAAAUAUUUUUAAGGUGAACACCAACACAAAAGGUAUGUUUUUCUAUUUAAAAUUGCAUGUCUUUUCCUGUUUAUAUCUGGACUUGUUUUUACUUAGAGCCAGAGGAAAAGAUUUUCAGACUUUGUCUCUACCAUCCAUGAAAUCCGUCCAAUACCCAGGGCUUCUUUUGAUCUACUACUGAUGUCACUUUGUAUUAUAAAAACCACUUUGGGGUCCAUUUACUGCUAUUCUGCAGCCUGCACGAACAGCCAGGCAAAAGGUAGAGCUGGUGUGUGAAUUUGCAGAGAUUUUUGUAAACAGUAAAGUAAUAGAGUAUGUUAGCCAAGUCCAUCAAAAAGGACUUAUUUUAAGAGGUAGACUCAAAUUCUCAUAACAGUCUCAACUUUGGUAGGUCAUGAAAACCCCUUUGGAGAGCAAGUGGAGCCAGUCCCCAUUGGCCCCUGAGAGUUGGUCUCUGGGGUGGUGGGUUGUUUGUUCCCAAGGAGAACUAGCUGCUGCCGUACACCACACUGUACACAUGAUGGCUGGAGAUCACAAAGGAGAGGAGGGAAAACGUGUGCCGCCCAAAUGGGGAUAUUAGUACCAGCUCUCCAAAAUUUCCUAGCGCUGCCCCUUAGUCACUGGUUUUAGUUUCUAAAUACCUCCACAUUUGUAAAGACAAGAAAGUGGUAGGGACAAAGUUGAUACUGUGUUUAAUUCUUAUGUAACCUCUUAAACAGAAACAAAAAUCCAUUGGAACCUAUAAUUUGAGCCUGUAAAGUUCUUUUAGCAGUUGCCAUAAACGCAUGUGUUGUUAGACAAGAGCAUUGUUGAGUUUAUACUCAUUUAGUUCCGAUGUGAAGCAAUGAGAAAGGCUUUAUACUUAUAGGCCAGGUAUAUCAUUACUUAUGGUAUCUCAUGCUUCAAGUCUCAAGCGAUACCUAUCUGAUUAAAUUCCAUUUAGGAGAUUGAAAUGCAGAAAUAUUAACGUUCAUUACUUCCUUCCCUGGGAGAAAUAGAUUCAGACGUGUCUUGUCUCAACAAGAGACUGACUUUUUCUUUUUUUAAACCAUCUCAUUCUGUUGCCAGAUAUCACAAGAGUAAUGGGGAGUUUAGUUCACAUUUGGCUGUUGUUCUCUGAAAGGGCCUGGUUUGGAAUUUGUGGGGGUGAUUUCAGAGGGAGGUUCCAGAAAGCAGAGAGGUAUUUGUCAAGUUACCUACCCAAUAUCUAGCAUCUUACUCAUAAGGUUUAGGAGCUGCUCUUCUGUACCUAUAGUCUACAUGUGCUCGUUGGACAAAAUAUUAUGACUAUUUAACCUCCUUUCUUUUUUACUUCACCCUCAACUGUGAACGAGUAAUAUUAACAUUCCUUUUUGUGUAUUCAAUAAUGGAGUUUGUUUACCUAUUUUAUUUCAGCAUAUUUGGAACAAAGAUCUUUGUCUCUUUCUGCUGGAAUGUGCACACAGUGAAUGUUUGUUAGAACUACACACAAUAAAGAUACUGUUUUCCUUUU